CGCGGGCGGCGAGGACGCGCGGCGGACGGACUGGCGGGCGAGGGCGCGGCCGGACUCGGCCGGUGGCCUCGCCAUGUCCCAGCCGACGGAGAGGAUGCAUUGCCGAAAGGCGGGGAUCCGCGCCGCCGUGGUGCUCAUCGGACUCCUGCACAAAUCCCGAAAGCAGAAUAAAGAGAAAAGGAAGCAGGAGCUGGCCAACAGCUCGGAUGUGACCCUCCCAGACCGGCCGCUGUCCCCUCCUCUCACGGCACCUCCCACCAUGAAGUCGGCUGAGUUCUUCGAGAUGCUGGAGAAAAUGCAGGGGAUCAAGCUUGAGGAGCAGAAGCCGGGACCCCAGAAGAAUAAGGAUGACUACAUCCCAUACCCCAGCAUCGACGAGGUUGUGGAGAAGGGAGGCCCGUACCCGCUGAUCAUCCUGCCCCAGUUUGGGGGCUACUGGAUCGAGGACCCAGAGAAUCUGGGCACCCCGACCUCCCUGGGCAGCAGCACCUGCGAGGAGGAUGAGGAGGACAGCCUCAGCCCCAAUGCCUUUGGCUACAAGCUCGAGUGCAGAGGUGAAGCCAGGGCCUACCGCAGGCACUUCCUGGGAAAGGAUCACCUGAACUUCUACUGCACAGGCAGCAACCUGGGGAACCUCAUCCUAUCCAUCAAGUGCGAGGAGGCAGAGGGGAUGGAGUACCUUCGCAUCAUUCUCAGGUCCAAGCUGAAGACAGUGCAUGAGCGGAUCCCCUUGGCUGGACUGAGCAAGCUACCCAGCGUCCCUCAGAUCGCCAAGGCCUUCUGUGACGACGCAGUGGGGCUGAAAUUCAACCCUGUCCUGUACCCCAAGGCCUCCCAGAUGAUCGUGUCCUAUGAUGAGCAUGACGUCAACAACACAUUUAAAUUUGGGGUCAUUUAUCAGAAGGCCAGGCAGACCCUGGAGGAGGAGCUCUUUGGGAACAACGAGGAGAGCCCAGCUUUCAAGGAGUUCCUGGACUUGCUGGGGGACACAAUCACGCUGCAGGACUUCAAAGGUUUCCGUGGAGGUCUGGAUGUGAUGCACGGACAGACAGGCGUGGAAUCGGUGUAUACAACCUUCCGGGACAGAGAAAUCAUGUUUCAUGUCUCCACAAAGCUGCCAUUUACUGAGGGAGACACCCAGCAGCUGCAGAGAAAGAGACACAUUGGGAAUGACAUCGUGGCCAUCAUCUUCCAAGAAGAGAACACGCCGUUUGUCCCAGACAUGAUCGCCUCCAAUUUCUUACACGCCUACAUCGUUGUGCAGGCAGAGGCCUCUGGCACAGAGAUCCCAUCCUACAAGGUGUCUGUCACCGCCCGGGAAGACGUCCCUGCCUUUGGCCCGCCUCUGCCCAGCCCGCCUGUCUUCCAGAAGGGCCCGGAGUUUAGGGAGUUUCUUCUGACGAAGCUCACAAAUGCCGAGAACGCCUGCUGCAAGUCAGACAAGUUUGCCAAGCUGGAGGACCGGACAAGGGCAGCGCUCCUGGACAACCUUCAUGAUGAGCUGCACACGCACACCCAGGCCAUGUUGGGGCUGGGCCCUGAGGAGGACAAGUUUGAGAACGGAGGCCAUGGGGGAUUCCUGGAGUCUUUCAAGAGAGCCAUCCGGGUGCGCAGCCACUCCAUGGAAACCAUGGUAGGCAGCCAGAGGAAGCUGCAUGGCGGGGGCAUCCCGGGCAGCCUCAGCGGGGGCAUCACCCACAACAACAUGGAGGUCACCAAGACCACCUUCUCGCCUCCAGUAGUGGCAGCAACAGCAAAGAACCAGUCGCGGAGCCCCAUCAAGCGACGCUCGGGGCUCUUCCCCCGCCUGCACACGGGCUCCGAGGGCCCCGGGGAUGGCCGGACGCGAUGUGACAGCUCCUCCAGCACCCCUAAGACCCCGGACGGCGGACAUUCUUCUCAGGAGAUAAAGUCUGAAACCUCCUCCAACCCCAGCUCUCCAGAAAUCUGCCCCAACAAAGAGAAGCCCUUUGUCAAGUUGAAGGAGAACGGCCGGGCCAGCAUCUCCCGCUCGUCCUCCAGCACCAGCAGUUUCAGCAGCGCUGCGGGCGAGGGCGAGGCCCUGGAGGAGUGCGACAGUGGGAGCAGCCAGCCAUCCACAGCCUCGCCCUUCAAGCAGGAGGUGUUUGUCUACAGCCCGUCCCCGAGCAGCGAGAGCCCCAGCCUGGGGUCGGCCACCAUUCCCAUCAUCAUGAGCCGGAGUCCCACGGAUGCCAAAAGCAGAAACUCCCCAAGAUCCAACCUGAAAUUCCGCUUUGAUAAGCUCAGCCAUGCCAGCUCCAGUGCGGGUCACUAAUGGGAGAGAGGAAGUCCUUCGCCUGUCCGAGGGAAGGCUCCUGGUGCAGCAGUUUGGGGGUGCCGUCUACGACUCCACUCAACUCAGACCCUCUACCUCCCUGGUGGUCUGGCUACCAGACUAGCUGUCUUGUUCCCCGUGUCCCUACCCGGCCAUGGCCCUUUGCCAGCACAGCCUGCCAGCGCCUUCCUGUGCCCCCAACAAGGCCUCAUUCCUCGGGGCUCCCCUGCUCCUGGUCUCCCAGGACAAUAUCCGUCUAGGUUGUUUGUCAUCUUGUUCUGUCUGCAGAGGAAAAGAGAAUUAGGCAAGGUGGGGUUGGGGGCCCGGAGGCUCAGCCAGAAUGUGGGGAACUCACAGAGGUAGCAGGGGAGGCGGAGCAGAGGCCAGCAGUAGGGUUCCGUGCCCUGGGUGAGAGGUGGGCACAAGGCAGUGCCUGCCUUGCUGUGGCGGGCAGGGGUUUUCUCCCCUGUGGAUGCGUUCUGUGGGAGUGGAGGGGUUGCUCUCCCAGGAGCCUCUCAAGGCUAUCCUGAUAACAACGAGCCAUGUCCCUCCUGUGUUCCCUGGAGUUCUAGAAAACACAUCUGCCUCUCAGCUAAGGACUUGUCACGCACCUGCAGGUGCAGGCUGAUGGCCCGGAGCAGGGCUUGUGGGCAGAGCUGGCGUGUCCUCGCCUGCUGCCGGGAGCUCCCAGUCUUGCCCAGCCACGGUCUCCACCUGCUGCUGCCCCUGGUCAUCUCUGCCACCAAGCAGAUGUUUUUCUCACGGAGGGUUGGUAGGCCAGGAGCGAGAAGGAACUCAGGGAGAACAGACCAGGCUGCACCUGUGCCUGGGCAGAAGGGCACCUCAGUGCCUGGGGGCUCGGCUGCAGCACAGGUCUCCGCCAGCUGAGGUACAGGGCAGGGAGAGUUGCAGGAGGGCUUGGCUAGUUCAUCCCACCCAUCGGAUGAGACGGCGUGGCAGGUCUGGUUGGGAUCACGUGGAUCUAUGGGGGCCCUCGCUGUCUGGGGGGGCCGUCACCUACACUGCACAUGUCCAUCCCUGCCACCCCUCUCCCCGCUGCAGCUGUGGGCCUGGAGACACACUCAGUGCGCUCAGGGUCACCCCAGGCUACUCGAUGCCAGCUUUUAUGGGAGGAUGAGGAAGAUUUCCAAGCAAGUGCAGGGCUGGCUGCCUGGGAGUCUGCUUCUCAGCCGGAAUGUUGAUGUGGGAGAGUUUAGGGGCAGGGAAGGGCUUCUUAGCCCAAGCAUUGGGAGCAGAGCUGGUGGUGUCCCUGCUCACAUGGAAAUUGUUGGAUCCAGUCUGUGACUGAAUGGCCUCUGCCUUGGGCUUUUGGGAAACAGCUUGCACGUGGGGAAGGUGCAUCUCAUCAAGACAGCUGAGCAGGUGCGCCGGCAUGCUGCGGUGGCGCCCCCUGCUGGGAGUGAGUCGGCAGCUUCCUGGUGGUGGGGUUUCUCAAGGAUCUGGGUCUUUCAAGCUGUGUUUAAAGCAGUUCCGUCUCACUGGCCUCUGGGUGGUGUGGAUUUACAGCUGCUUGGUGGUGGCACCAAGUGUCUUCAGGAUCUGGGGUCCUCAGAGGUUUCCAGGUUGUCCCCACGCUGUCCCGUACCCUCCACUAUCCCCUUAGCACUGGCUGUGCCCGGUGGAGUUGAAAGGCCCAGGUGUACUCCUGAACAGUGCUGCGAUGGGGGCUGCAGAUCUGGUUUGCUAUUGGGGUCCUCUGGGCUGCUCUGGGCACCCACCUCCCUCAGUCAUCUCAUCCCCUCCAGGCAGUCCACCCUGUAACUUCACCCAGGGGUCCAGUGCCCAGACUAGGGGGUACAGAACACGGAUGAACCUGGUCCCUCCAUGCUGCUGUGUCAUGGACAGGCCCCAGAGCAGGCAGUCCUAGAGGGCAGUGCCCUCCACGCUCUGGACCCCACUCUCCUGCCUGCUGUGGUCCACAAUGGCACCUAGCCCUGGGGUCAAAGAUUUGCCCAGGCCGUGCCCCCGCUGACCAGAGUCAGCCAGGAGGUGCCCCAGCUGCUGUGGUGACCCCUGUGAGGGCUGCCUGCACAUGGGGGAAGCCACAACAUGGUGCCUGCGGCCACGCUGAGGUUAGACACCCACGGAAAAGCUGGAGACGGGAGCCUGCACCGGAAGGCGUGUCUGGGCUAGGGUUGGAAGGUGAUGUUUCUGGACCGUCGUGUGGGUCCACGCCCUUGGCGUGUCGUCAUCUAGCCAUGCUGUCACACAGCCACGUCGUCAUCCAGCCGAGAAGCAUCAAUUCCAUGGAGGGGAAGCGACCCACAACCCAGGGUUUAUGCCUGCGCUGCCGCCCUGGGGUCCCCAGGAUUUGGGGCAGCUGGUGGAGCUGGUGGCUCGUGCCCUGGCUGGGAGGAUGCUGGGGCAGGGAGAAGGGUGGCAGGAGGGGCCUCUGUGCCUGCUUUUUUCCUUUUUUUUUUUUUUCUUGCCAGGAGGAGUUUUUCAGGGAGGCCAUUGGUUUGGGACUCAGCCUGAGCCGAGCAAGCUCGGGGUGGGAGGGUUCCCAGGAGGUGUUGCGUGGGUGGGGGCGAAGGUGCCGUUCUCGGGCCUCGGCUUCCUUUUGCAUAAGUCCACGAGGGAAGUGGUCACAGAACCCACUUGCUUUCUCGCCGACUCAUCCAUUCACACGUUCAUUGCCUGGGUUCAGGCAACAAGAGCUUAUGUGUCUCUCGCUUCCCCAGCCCUAUAAGGUGCCAGCCCAUUUACUUUCAUGUUCAUGUCUAAGUUAGCAGAAAGCAGCAGGGACCAAGCUAACUGGCUGAGCCCGAUGCCCCUCCAAAGCCCCCCACGGCCUCCAGGUACCGCUUAGCAAAGCCAAAUGCCCGCUGCUGGCUGGCUGGCUGGUGGUGGCACGGACAUCCUUCCCCAAGGCCGGUCCCUGGCUCACCACCAGCCCUGCCAGGCUGUGGGCCCCCUUGGGCGGAAAGAGACAAACCCCAGGAAGGUGAAAAGCUGCAGGAUGCUGGGGUUCAGUCCUGUGCCUCAGUCCGGGAUGUUUGUUUGGAAAUCCAGACAUGAUUUGCCAUUGUCUUUGUAUCCGUAACCUUUCUGCGUGGAAGGGAGAGUCCCUUGCCCACCCCUUAGCAUGCGUGCCAACUGUCCCAGGUCCCGGGGCCCGCCGUCCACCACCUGCCUCUGUGGGAUGGGGCAGAGCCCUGCGGCUUGGGAGUGAUGGUGACCCCGUCAGCUUGGCUUUCCUCCCUGUGUGCCCACGCGGGGGCCAUCUGUAGGCAUCCCCUCACAACCCCCUAUUGUCGAUGUAAUGUAAAUAGUGUACAUUUAAUUUAUUGCUAGGGUAGCACAUUGUAUUUGUUAGUGUAUAAAACAAAUUCUAAAAGGUUGACAAAUGUAUAUUUUGUUGCUUAAAUGUGUCUUUGCAGAAAUUGACAAUAAAUCACAUAUUUUGUGUUCA